AGCACUAUAUUGUCACAACACGAAAAUAAAGUUUGCUCGCUGUUCAGUUUUGCAGGUUUUCACGAAAAGAAUCCUCGUUCCAGUGAAAAUGUCCGGUCUGAUUCGGUUGAACGGUCCACUGGUGCGCAAUCUGAUCCAGCAGUCCGUACGCAAUGCGCGGCUCAUUUCCUCAUCCCAGAAAAACCGCGAUGCGGCCACAAUCGAUGUGAGCAAGAAGGCUGCUGCUAAACCAGCCGAACCCGCCACUGCCAGCGCCGCCACCAACAAGAACUGGGUGAGCUACGGAUUUGAUCAAAAAUCGGAAAAAAAUGACCGGAACUCGAUGCACGCGACGUUUCUGUUCUCUGUCACCUUCUGUCUGGUGUUCGGAACGUUCUACUGGGCCUACGUUCCGGAUCUGCAGCUGCAGGAUUGGUCCCAGCGAGAAGCUUAUCUGGAGCUGAGACGCCGUGAAGCUGCCGGAUUAGAACCGAUCAGCAAGGACUUUGUCGAUCCGUCCCAGAUUGUGCUGCCGUCGGACGAGGAGCUUGGCAAUACAGAGAUCGUUAUCUAAGAUGGAUCGACGGUGGCCGAAAAGGUGAUUCGGGAUCGCGUUUUCUGUUUUUUGCUUAGCAUUAUGUAACUCGGUUAACCAAAACAUCGUCAGUCAAGAGUGCUUAUGUUUGUUCUGCAAAGUUUUCACGCGUCUUAUAGGCACUGCAGUUUGUGGAUGUGGCCAAGCGAGCGGAGAUGUAAAUUGGUUUAAAUAAAGGAUUAGGAUUUUCAAAACGA